AUGGUAAUUUGAUAAUAGUCAUUCAUAAGUAUUUUCUCACUGGUUUAAGAUAUUAGCCUAUAUUAAGCUUUUCAGAUUUCUGAUUAUAUAUAAUGUAUCACGUGAUGCAUUUUAGUUCAUUUCGGCGUUUCACACUUCAGCCACGAGCGCUUAGAGCGUCGAUCAGCUGGUGGAUGUGACGUUUUCCCGCAUCCGCUUGUUAUCACGGAAGAGCAGCAGCCUGCUAGUGAGAACGAUGCGCUGAUUCUGGGGAUGUGCUCCAGCUGCAUUAGUUAUGCCGAGCGGCGUGGACUACAGCGAGUUGGGGGGAAGUCUUCCAGCCAUUGCUUCUUUGAACGCCUCGUAUUCCCUCUCCCUUCCCUCCCCGUACUACCCCCCGCUGCCCCCGGGAGAGAGGAAAGCCUUCUCAGACGUACGUCGAACGUUCUGCCUCUUCGUUACGUUUGACCUCCUCUUCAUCACUCUGCUCUGGAUCAUUGAAUUAAAUAUCAGUAAGAGUAUAUGGACCAGUCUUGAGAAUGAGGUUGUUCACUACAACUUCAAGUCAUCUUUCUUUGAUAUCUUUCUUUUAGCUGUGUUUAGGUUUCUGUGUUUGCAGCUUGGUUAUGCUGCGUUUCGAUUGAGACAUUGGUGGGUUAUUGCGAUCACUACUCUGGUGACCAGCGCCUUCCUCAUCGCCAAAGUAAUCUGGUCAGAUUUGUUUAGUCAGAAUGCUUUUGGUUACGUUCUUCCCAUCACCUCGUUUGUGGUGGCUUGGUUGGAAACCUGGUUCCUGGAUUUCAAAGUUCUCACACAGGAAGCAGAAGAUGAGAGAGCGUAUCUGGCAGCAGUUAAUGCCGCGUGUGAGCCGGCCCCUCUGAUCUGUCCUAGACCCGUGUCUGACGGACAGUUUUACUCCCCGCCGGAGUCCCUGGCAGGUUCGGAUGAAGACCUUGAUGAAGAGGGUCUCGGCAGGAUAGAACUAACAGAACAAGACAAGCAGUUUAUACGACAGGGACGGGAGGCCAUGGCUGUGGUGGAACAGAUACUGACACAAGAGGAAAACUGGAAGUUUGAGAAAACUAAUGAGCUGGGCGAUGCAGUAUAUACUCUUGAAAUCCCGUUCCAUGGGAAAACGUUUAUUUUAAAGGCGCUCUUGCAGUGUACCGCAGAGCUGGUGUAUCAGGAGGUCAUUUUGCAGCCGGAGAAGAUGGUGCAGUGGAACAGAACAGUGUCUGUUUGUCAGAUUUUACAGCGAGUGGAUGACAACACAAUGGUGUCAUAUGAUGUUUCUGCAGGAGCCGCUGGAGGUGUCGUGUCUCCCAGGGACUUUGUCAACGUUCGUCGGGUGGAACGCAGGAGAGACUGCUACAUCUCUGCAGGAAUGGCCACCAAUCACAGCAGUAAACCCCCUCACAGUCGCUACGUCAGAGGGGAAAAUGGUCCUGGUGGAUUUGUUGUGUUGAAAUCUAGCAGUAAUCCUUCAGUUUGCACCUUCAUCUGGGUCCUCAAUACAGACCUUAAGGGUCGCCUCCCACGUUACCUCAUCCACCAGUCACUGGCCGCCACCAUGUUCGAGUUCAUGUCUCAUCUCAGGCAGCGUAUAAACGAAGUCUACGUCUCCUACCGGUGAUCUCUGGCUUCGACUCUUUAUCCAGCCACAGUUUACAUCGUGGUAACUUCAAAUUACACUGUGCCAUAUUCAAGCCACAACUGCCAUGAGGAGAUACAGCAUUGCGUUUGACUGGCGGGAGGUUGUUACGGCUGUCUGCGCCUAGGAAACUUCGGCUGAACGUUUAUAUAGAUGUACUACUGCAGCACAUGGACACGAGGUCAUAACUCAUACUGUCAAACCCCACAAGAGCUGGAAACAUGAACAGGAAGUUAUCAGAGAGCAGCUUGUGGUGUAUAAGAGAUCAGGGGAAAUGGAUUAGGCCUAAAACCACUGUUGUCCCUCUAGUGAACAGGACUGAAGGCUAGGAUGGUUUCUUUAUUCUGAGCCAAAUACACUGUGCUUUCCCUUGCUGCUUUUACUUAUGCCUUAAUUGAACAUGUACACACAUUCAUACUAAUUAUAAUUAUUGUUUUAGUUCUUAUUAUGGUUUGGCUCUUGUGGCCAAACAUUGCUGUAUUAGAUUAUUAAAAGUAAAUGCAUUCAUCUGUAGCAUAGAUCAGCGUCCUGCCAUGUGUAUGAUCAUUUGUUUAAUAAUGUAAACGGUUAAGAUUUUGAGUAUACAGUUACAUCUUAAAUCAGCAUAACCGGUUAACUAGGACCCAAGCUAUUUGUAUAAAACAUGAUGCAACAAAAAAGCAAACAUUUGCGCUUGGUUUUAUUCUGUAAGAACUGGUUCAAAGCAGCUCAAAAUCUAUCUGAAAUGGGCCUUGUGUUAAAAUGCGUGCAUUCUUUUUCUCUUCUUUCUUUAUUGCAUGUCAGUUUGUUUUCUCACAGAGCAUUACUGUCAAAGUUUUUUUGUUAUGCACUCAUGUUUACCACAUUCAUACAGGGCAUAGCGAUUUAUAAACAGGAAACUAAGGCAUAGUCACCGGUUGUUUGAUUUAUAUUCUCUCUUAAUAGAAAUGUGAAUGUGUCUUACAUUAGUUGCCUUGAAGCAAGCAAAAUACUUAUUGGUUUUAACAGAGAGGAAACAUUGGGCUUUCUUUUAAGGGAAGGCACAUGUUGUAGUUAGUUUAUCAGUGAUAGCAUGAAUGAUGUUGAUCUUUUUAAACAGUCAUGUUCUGUACUUUGUUUUGCAGCCUUCUUGGCUUGUACUUGUGUGCCUUUGUUACAGUUUCCCUCACUGAAAUCACAAGUUGCUUUCAUUAAUUAGAUGUAUUUUGUAUCUGAACACCUUUUUUGGCCUCUAUGGACUGUAACCACAUUUGUUUGUGCAGAGCAUUUUGCAGUUCACUUCACUCAUGAUUCAGGUUCUGUGUAAAUUAUAUUUUUAUACUGAUUUACAGUAAUAUGAAGCUAUACAGAAUUUUGGCAUGUUACUCAAAAAAAUCAUGAUUUUUUAUUUUUUUUAAAUGAAGAA